UUUUUUUUCUUCCAGCACCACCACUCACUUUGUAUCCCUAGCCCGUCACAGCGCGUCCACCAAGCCUUCUGUAUUCGUAUCCGCCAGAAAAACCAUGACUUCUAACAACGGCAAGGAGGGCGCCGCCGUGCCUGCACAGGCGAAAAGCUCCUGGUCAAGUUUCCUGAAGUCGAUCGCCUCCUUCAAUGGAGACCUCGCGUCCCUGACCGCGCCGCCGUUCAUUCUCUCCGCGACCUCCCUCGUCGAAUUCUCCUCCUACUGGGCCGAGCACCCCUCAAUCUUCGUAGCCCCUGCUGCAGAGAAGGACCCCGCGAAGCGAGCAAUGCUGGUGCUGAAGUGGUUCCUCUCGACACUGAAACAACAGUAUGCAAGCCGGAGCGAGAAAUUGGGGAGCGAGAAGAAGCCGCUGAAUCCGUUCCUGGGGGAGCUGUUCCUGGGCAAGUGGGAAGACGAGGCGGGCACUACGCAACUCGUGAGCGAGCAAGUUAGCCACCAUCCGCCGGUUACAGCAUAUUGUAUCUGGAACGAAAAGGCCGGGGUGAGGUUGCAGGGAUAUAAUGCGCAGAAGGCGACGUUCUCGAGCACGAUCAACGUCAAGCAAAUUGGCCACGCUAUCCUCCACAUUGACGAGUUUAACGAGGAUUACCUCAUUACCCUCCCAUCCCUCCACAUCGAAGGCCUCAUCACCGGGUAUCCCUACGUCGAACUGAACCGCAAUUCCUACAUCCAAUCAUCCUCGGGCUACACAGCGAAGAUCGACUACAGCGGCAAGGGCUGGAUCUCCGGCAAAAAGAACACAUUUUCCGCUGUCCUGUACCCAGAGGGCAAGGAGAAGGAACCGAUCUACACGGCCGAUGGCCAAUGGACUGACGAAUUCACCAUCAAAGACGCCAAAACCAAAAAGGUCGUCGACCAAUACGACCCCAAAGUCACCAAAACCACCCCACUAACCAUCGCUCCCAUAGAAGAGCAAGACGAAAUGGAGUCGCGGCGCGCGUGGAAGAAAGUCGCCGACGCGAUCCUCAAGGGAGACACUGAAACGGCCGGGUACGAGAAGUCGAUUAUCGAAAAUCGGCAGAGGGAGAUGCGGAAGCAGGAGAAGGAGGAGGGGAGGGAGUGGGAACGGAGGUUCUUCAAGAGGGUGCCGCAUCAUAAGGUGUUUGAGGGGUUGGCGCAUAAGCUGGGAGAGCAGAAAAUUAAUGAGGAGUUGACGAAUGGCAUCUGGCUUUUUGAUGAGGAGAAGGCGAGGAAGGCGCUGAAGGCAUAGUGGAAUAUGGGGGGGCGGUGGUGGGGAGAUAAUGGAAAGGGUUUCUGGGUAUCAUAAUUGGGGAAUAGCCUCGAGUGCAUCUUAAAGAUGCUAGAGAGGGUCCCUGAUGGCGGAGCGAGAUUCUUUCCUCGAGUCGUACAGACACUAGUGAGAUUAAUUUCACUCAUUCUAUGCAGAGAAUGCGAUUCUCGUGCUA